GUCCUGCAACGGACCAAGCGAGUGGAGCGCCAGAGCUACCAUCUCCCCGAACAAUGUGAAACGACCAUAAUUAAUAGGUAACGGUGGUAGGGUUUACUAACACCCAAACGCCAGUUACGACAUGGUGGAGUCUGCGGGUUCUUCUUGAACAAAAUGUUUAAGACGAUCCAUUUCGCUGUUUUCCUUAUGGUCGUUCCUACCCUUUUGUUCCCUUGCAUUGACGUUUGACGGUAGGUUCCCUUUUCGCGGCUGGGAUAUGUUAUCUGCAGUUUUCCCUCAGGAUAUUUUGAAUUUUUGUAAUGCCUCGUGGAAAUGAUUCAGAUUCAUCUACGUCCUAUGACAGUCUGGUCCAAUCUCGUCCCAUCACUUCUAACAUUUUUACUAAUCCAACCCGACUUGGCAUAAUACAACAACCCACGUCAACGUCUCAACCUCCAUCUGCUCCCAAUGACCUCUCCCUAUCUCUUUCUCAGGAGGAUUUAGAAUUCUCAUUUUCCUCUUUAGAUUUGUCAUCUACCAAUAGUUCUUAUUCUGCACCUGACUUCAAUAUGGGCGAUUCCACUUUAAUGCCAGAACAUUUCACAGGUAGGGACACGUUUCAUUCUGCCGAGUGGCUUGACCGUUUUGCUCAUUUUGAUAACUUUAAAAGGUGGACUGAUGCACAGAAAAUUGAAGUUUUCCCACUGUUUUUAAAGGACGCGGCGUAUCUAUGGUACAAAGAUUUGAUAGAAUCGGCAGAGGAAGAAAUAGUCCGUUUUGAUGAGAUUGAGAAAUUGUUCAAGGACAAGUAUGUCCAUCCUACUGACCGUUGGGCCCUUUUGGAAACUUUUGUCAGUCGAAAGCUAUCCUCUACAGAAUCUAUAGAUACUUAUUUGGCGGACUUGACUGAGACGGCUAGCCUGUUAGGAAAAACAGAUGCAGAUGUAAUGGACGCCUUCGUUAGGGGACUGGAUGACAAUACCAGGCGACAUGUGUUAAUGAAACAACCAAAUGUGCUAAACGAGGCAGUUUCAUUUGCGCGACUGGCUAGAUCGGUCAUUCCCCAGUCUGAAGACAGUACAAACGUUAUGCUAGCAAUAGAUACGCUGAGAUUACAGAUUGUUGAACUUUCGGCAAAACUCGCUCCGGUAUCGUCACAGAUCAAUACUUAUGAGUCCCGACAGAAUCAACGUCCCCAGUUCCCCAGACAAUCCAGGUAUACAGAUCAACCGUGGCAGCCCACUCCUCAAUGGACAGACCCCAUUCAAGGAGACAACAUGGCCCGUGGAAGGCAGUGUUACAGAUGCGGUGAAUCCAGGAGUCUCCUUCGACCAGUUUGGGUCUUGUUCACGCUGAUGGCGCUUGUCAUCAUCCAGAAUCAAGUUAAUUCUGUCCAUACAGAAUUACGACUUCCAUGGGGAGUUGUAUUUAUCCAUACGUCACGUAUCGACAUUUCACAAAAUAAAUGGAUCCAUGUAUUCAAGUAUAAAUUGCCAGAUUUGUCUGAAAUGGGUAAUAGACCAGAUUACCAACAGUUUUGUAAAACGCACGCGUUACAUUGUUAUUCUGUGAAUGCUAUAGAUGGAUAUAUAAAGAAAGCGGAACAAGAAUUGCUCGUGUAUUGGACGAAUGUCAGUAAGGACAUUAAAAUAUUAAUUCCGCAUGUUAACACUUUUCAAAAGGAUUCACGCACGAGACGGGCAAUCCUUCCAUUUAUCGGAUCCAUUAGUCGUUCAAUUUUUGGUACUGCUACAGUCGAAGAUGUAGAACGGCUGGCGCAGUAUGUCAAACGAUUAUCAAUGCAUGUAACUAAUACUUCUCGCGUUGUACAAGUGCAAGUUCGUCAGAUGUCGUCAUUUAUAGCUAAAACCAAUGACCGUAUUUCUUCCUCUCUAACAGGUAUUGAAACGAAUCAUAGGGACAUUUCUCAGGUCGCCGAACAGGUACAAGACGUAGAAAAAAGUAUUUUCAUUUCUAUGAAAAUUUUGCUAGAUCGUCUGACAUUUUUGACGACUAUUCGACAGGAAAUUGAUGAAAUGUAUCUUGGAAUACAGCAAUUAGUUAACCAACGUUUGAGUCCAUCUUUGCUCCCAGUUACGGAAGUAAAGAAGGCCCUAAAUAUGAUUCAAAAACGUCUAAACGCAGAAUAUCCGUUGUUUCACGUUGCUCACAAGGAUCCAGGCUAUUAUUAUCGGGAACGCACUGUUCAUUGUUCUAGAACUGGAGAUUCAAUUUUAAUUUCACUCAUUGUUCCUUUCCAGACUCAUUCAACUCUCCUCGAGGUAUAUCGAAUCAAUUCAUUUGGCCUACCAAUUAAUCAAUCAAGUUCACACGUCACUCAGGUUAUGAAUUUACCUGAUUAUUUGGCAGUUUCGGAAGCGAAAGAUCAGUAUAUUGAAUUUUCUACCAGGGAUUUUCAAACAUGUUUUGGUGAACACAAAAAACAUUGCCCAAUUUUUCUUAGCGCCAAACCAAACACUGGUUCUCACCUGCGCACUUGCUCUGCUUGAUCAGGACGCACCAGGAAUUAAAUCCUUGUGUGAUGUUAAAUUUAGAUUAAAAGGGCUUCGUUCGAUGGCUCUCGAAAUCGAACCAGGCCUUGUUUUGCUCAGUGGCAUAAAAACUAUUAUAUUAACUUGCAAGGGUCGCAUUGAGAAGCGUCCAGCUUGUCAGAUUUGUAUAUUUAAAAUUCCUUGCCACUGUGCGUUGAAACUGGAUGAAUUCGACAUAGACAUGAGAAUUCAUCACUGUGAAAAAAAGUCAACAACUUCAAAAUUGUAUCCACCCAAUCUUCUACUCUUAUCGGAAUUUUUCAAUUCAUCCGUACUGAAACCUUACGAAACUUUACGGCUUCUUUUAGAAGAUUCUGCGUUCAAAAUUCCACAUUUAUUAAUCGAUUAUAAAGUUUUCGAUGACAUUCGGAAAAAGGAAAAUAAAUUUCAAGUUGAUUUACGCCUUAUUUCCAAGCGUAUGAAAAAGGCACAAGUGAUUUCGGAUAAUUUAAUUGAAGAUAAUUGGAUGAAUUCCCUUCCAUCGUCUGCUUUGGAUGGGUCCUUAACCAAGCCCUAACAUUUAACGGCUAGUUUUGCCGCAGGUUUGUCCUUAUUUCUAUUUAUACUGGUUAUGUAUUUAUGGUUAAAAGUUAGACGCCUAUUUUUUGCUUUAACGUUACUUACAGCAGGUUCCCCGACUAAUGGUUUGAUAGAUUGGAAAGCAUACCACACAACCACCCCUCCGAACUAUCCCCAGCCAUCUUUUAUGUCUUUGAUUAAAUCAACUAUUUCAAUGGAUGUUUUCCUCAUCAUAUCGACAGUAUUUCUGGUGUUUAUUUUACUUCUUCGCAGAGUAAAAAAGUUCAAUCGACCGGUUACGACCUUAGUUUUACAUUUGACGAAUUCUUGUCAUGAGAUUGUUCUGCCACAAUUUUAUCUCUGAACCCGUGACCUCACGUUGUCAGCUGCAAAUUUUUGACUAACUUUCGUAUUCAACGAGUUUUCUUUACAUAUUAUUUACUGUUCGAUAGCCCCAAUUUUGGUAAUUCAAACCCCAUCUAUAUAUAUAUAUAUAUAUGUCUGGAAAAACGUUUCAAUUCAAACAAUUCCUUCCAACUAUAGCAAGUGUUUUUAUGGUUUUAUAACAUUAUGGCAUUACAACCGUCCCCUUAAAUCAGACGGCAGACCCCGGUUAUCCUAUUAGCAAUAGAAAGCUUUUGUUCUCCGCCAAAUGCCAGAUAUAACGGUCGCAGCAAAGUGUAUUUAUGUCGAUGACGAAUUCAACCGUUAUCUUAUGGUGGACUGUCACCGUGGAAACGCAUUGUGCAGAGGACGAAAUCAGCACGUAAUCUUGAUAAUGGAGUUCAACAAACUUUUAACGACCAGUCAUUUUUCAGUGUUAGAACACUUGUCAUUUGGGUACAUUGACCAUUUGAGUCUACACAAUGGUUAAGAAUUGGAAAAGCGAUAGUUUUCGAUAAAUACUCCAUGUUUUAAAGUUAUAGUAAUAUUUUGUUAAAUGUUUUAACAGUAGAGAUCAUCGUGCUCUUAACCCCUAUAUAAUUACAAAGUCACAAAGAGAAUGUUCAGUCAUAUAUUAAUACUCAUUCUUACGACAAUAUUGUAUAACUUUUCUAUAGAGACAAUACCUGUAUUAGGAAUUGAUGUCUCAUACAUUACGGAUAGAUGGAAGUUAUUUAUAUUACAUAAUUCUACUGUGGAUUCUCUUCAAUGUUACUUGUUAGGAAAUAUUCUUAUCCGUGUUUCAAUGUAUACUUUCAGUCCAUCCCUUAUUUAUCGGUGUUGUUCGUUCUUGUUGUUUUAAACUGCAAAGCAUUUACUGAAUGUUGUGAGUAACUUGCACCUAUUUAACCUAUUACAGGUAUUACAGAUGUCGUCCAUGGUUAAAAUAACAUUUGAUUACUAUUUAUUGAUGCCAUGCUACAUAGGUAUCAGAGAAUAUUCAUGCAACAUUAUGGACUCAAAUUGUUAUUCGGCACGCAGUCGGCAGUCAAGAAUGCUGUAAUUGUCUACUGUGACCUGUACACAGGUUGCCAUUUAUUUGAGCGUGUCAUGUUUUAACAUGUAUUGCUGUCGUAUCUAAUGUAUAUUAUAAUACUAAUUAUAUUCGCCGUGGUUUAACACUUGUUUCAAGUGUUGUAGAUUAAUGGCCGGACCCCAUUCAGACGGGAGAACAGAUAAGCUCCUCCCUCGCUGUCGUCUGGUCCACGCCACAUCGAUUAUCUGGCUCCACACUUGCUGUUACCGGCGAACGCUAUCGCAAGUUCCAGGUUGCGACGCUGAACACCGCCCACGAAGGCGCAGUAUUGACGAUAGACACUGCAAGACCUCUACGAUGCCCCCCUACAAGUUGCGAAAGCAACAGGGUACAUCAUCAGUGAAACUACAGAGCUCACUCACGCAGUGUGCAGAACAUUUCGUCUCCUCACUUUGAAGACCAAGCCAAUUAACUAUGCUGUGUGAUACACGGCCCUGUGUUCAGACAUUAAUUUUGUUGUGGCCUCGCACAGAGUAAACAGCGUUCAGUGUAUAUCAAGUGACAUUCAGAACAUGACUUUUCCAGUAGACGUUUGCCAGUUUAUUCGAUGGGACCAGAGACUUAUGAACUUUUGUGAAUGGUGGUGCCAUUGUUUGGCCAUAUUGAAGACAUUUUCACAUUUAA